UCGUGUGUGUUCCGGUGCCUCUCCAAGUCUUUCAACUCACAAGUUCUCUAGGGUCCUGAUAAAUUUAUCAAUAUGGCUAAGUCACUAGUUUCCAUCGCAAAAUUUGUGUCAAAAGUAGGCAGCAAUGCACAAAAUACAGCAGUUGUUGCUUUUGCCAACACCACCCAAACAAGAAACUAUUCAAGCACAAAAAGGAUUAAAGUCAGCAACCCAGUUGUAGAGCUUGAUGGAGAUGAGAUGACUCGUAUCAUCUGGGAGAAAAUCAAAGAGAGGCUGAUUUUCCCCUAUGUUGAUGUUGACUGCAAGUACUAUGACCUUGGAUUACCCUACAGAGACCAGACAAAUGACCAGGUGACCAUUGAUUCUGCCGAGGCCAUCAAGAAGUACAAUGUUGGCAUCAAGUGUGCCACCAUCACCCCUGACGAGCAGCGUGUGGAAGAAUUCAAGCUCAAGAAAAUGUGGCUUAGCCCUAAUGGAACAAUCAGAAACAUUCUGGGUGGUACAGUUUUCCGUGAGCCAAUCAUCUGCAAGACCAUCCCACGUCUGGUCCCUGGCUGGACACAGGCUAUUGUCAUUGGUCGUCACGCUCAUGGUGACCAGUAUAAAGCAACUGACUAUGUAGCUAAAGAGGAGGGAACUCUAGAACUAGUUUUCCACCCAGCCAAGGGAGGUCAGCCUGUCAAGAUGCCAGUGUUUACCUUCAAGAAUGGCGGAGGUGUUGGCAUGGCUAUGUACAAUACUGAUGAGUCUAUCAAUGGUUUUGCCCAUGCCUGCUUCCAAUACGCCUUGAUGAAAAGCUGGCCUCUCUACAUGAGCACAAAGAACACCAUCUUGAAGAAAUAUGACGGCAGGUUCAAGGACAUCUUUGAGGAGAUUUACAUCAGCAAGUACAAGCCAGAGUUUGAGAAGAAAAAGAUCUGGUACGAGCACAGACUCAUUGAUGACAUGGUGGCCCAGUGUCUCAAGUCUUCAGGUGGAUUUGUCUGGGCCUGUAAGAACUACGACGGUGAUGUGCAGUCUGACAUUGUCGCUCAGGGCUACGGAUCUCUUGGUUUGAUGACCAGUGUGUUGGUGUGUCCUGAUGGGAAGACUAUUGAAGCUGAGGCCGCUCAUGGUACAGUCACCAGGCAUUACAGGGAACACCAAAAGGGCAACCCCACAAGUACAAACCCCAUUGCCAGCAUCUACGCAUGGACCAGAGGACUUGAACACAGAGGAAAGCUUGAUGGAAACGUUGAGCUCCAGAAAUUUGCUCAGAAGAUGGAGAAGGCUUGUGUGGACUGUGUUGACAGUGGCAAGAUGACCAAAGAUUUGGCUGCAUGUAUUUAUGGUCUUAAGAAUGUGAAAGCUAACCAGUACCUGAACACAAUGGACUUCCUGGAUGCCAUUGCUGAAGAAUACGACAGAGCAAAGUGAAGACUACAUUAGAAACAAGGACUACUUAAUUUGUUUUCAUAAUAAUGUCAUCAUUUAAAAUAUUAGAAACAGUUAUUUUUUUGUACUUAUCAGGUGUUAUGUAAACAAUUACACCCGUUUUUAUUUUAGAGUUAAUGGAAACAUUGUUUAGCAUAGUAGAAAUUUUUCUUCAAUGAAGAAUAACAAUUCAUUCAUUUGAGGUUUUAAAGUGUAACUAGUUGCAAAAGAAUAUGUAUUUAUUGUAAUUUCAUUCAGUUUGGAACAUUUAUUGUACCAAUUUUUAAUGUAGCUAAUGUUAAACAGCUGGUUACAGAUCUGUUAGUGGAUAUCCAAUUCUGGUUCAUGUUAAGAAUGAAAGUGUGUUAGCAUCAUGUUCUUUUACUGUUGUGGUAAAAUAUUGGAGAGCUUUAAAGGUUACUGUAGGGUAAUAAUUGUGUGUAAUUAGAUUUAUUGUUGCAUAUCUAUUGUAACAGGCCAUGAGUGGUAUACCCUUAUGUGGUACAGUCAUCAUGGUGUUCAUGUUCAGAUUAAGUCACUUUUAGGUUUGUUGAGAGCAACUGUUUGAAUGAACAUGAGAACUAGGGUCAUCAAUAAACAUGACACAAUUUUUAUGACAUUGUUGUGUGAUCUAUGCAUAAAAGAAGCAACCCUGUUCACAAUAUUCCUCCUCAUAAUAUUCAGGUUGGCUAGAUAACACAGUAGAAUAAAACGUCUAUUUUA